CAUACGUGCCAUGCAUAUCGCACGAAUCCUUUCCAUAGAAUAUGGACGGUUGAUAUUUCAUUUGUUAAUUUUACCGUCCGUUUGGAGACGAUAAGUAGAUGGAGGCUCCAGAUUCAACAUAGAACCGUGACUGUUUUGUUGUCUGGCCAGUCCAGUUGGCCUCUAUAAAUAGAGAGCUAUUCAACAUAGAAGUAAAGAGAAAGAAAGCUUUCACCUGAAUUUCUUUCUUGCAAGAGAAAAAAACAAAAAGUGAGGAUAGAUGGUCGCUGUUGAGGCUGUUGUUUUGCAACUUCUCCUAAAAGUCGCUGAUCCUCUCAUUAGGGAAGUCAUUUCCUUAUAUGAGGUUGACGACAAAGUCGAAUUGAUCGUCACACAAUUUACGCAGAUGCAAUGCUUCUUGAAAGAGGCAGACGCCAAACAAGAAGGAGAUGAAAGAGUGAAGAACUGGGUGCUGGACGUGACAGAUGCUGCAUACGUUGCUGAGGACCUCAUCGACACCUUUAUCUUCAAGGUAGCACCCUUGAAGCGAACAGGAUUCGUGGGCCGCAUUACAAGGAAAGCAUUCCCAGGACAAGGUAAUGUUUGCCCUGACAAUUUGGAGCAGUUUGGAAGAAAGAUUGUGGAAGAGUGCUGUGGUCUACCUCUUGCGAUCGUAGUCAUCGGAGGGCUCUUGUCAACAAAAGAAGAAUGGCAGUGGGAGAAUGUAAGGGAGAGUAUUACCUGGCAAAUUAACGAGGGACAAGACAAAAUCUAUAAAAUAUUAUCUUUGAGUUUUAGAGAUCUGCCCUAUCAGUUGAAACCAUGUUUUCUCUACUUGGGAAAAUUUCCGGAAGACCAUGAAUUCCGUGCUAAGAAACUGAUUCAAUUGUGGGCCGCAGAAGGGUUUCUGCAACAGAGAGGGAAUGAAACAGCAGAGAAGGUAGGACAAGAUUUUCUAAAUGAGUUGAUUCAACGAAGUAUAAUUCAACUUGCUAAAAGAAGUUCAAACGGGGGUAUUAAAAGUUGCCGUAUUCACGAUCUUAUGCGAGAUCUCUCCAUUUCAAAAGCCAAGGAAGGUAUGUUUAUCCAAGUUCACCAUGGGAAUUCAAACGAUCCAGCAUCUAGAGCCCGCCGACUUGUAAUUCACCAUAAUGCCUUAAGUGAGUGCACUUCCCUAAAUUCUUCCACUUCACACUGUCGAUCUGUGUUGAUCCAUAAUCAAGGUUAUGAUAUGCUCGAAAGUAAACAAGACAAGCUUCUUUACAAAGGCUUUAAAUUGCUCAGGGUAUUAGAUCUUGAUGUAGAACCUGUUACAGACACAUUGCUGAAAGAUUCGUACGUGGGAGUAAAGAUGGCUUGUGCUUCAAAAGGGUUUCCUCGACUCGAAUCCUUACAUCUUGAAAAGUUGGGCAACUUAACUUGGUGGACAGUGGAGAAAGGAGCUCUGCCUAGUCUUUUGCAUCUACAGAUCAAUUCCUACCAUCAGUUGAGGAUGCUUCCGGAAGGACUGCAACACGUGACUACCCUCAAGAAAUUGGAGUUGCUGAACAUGUCCCGUGAAUUCAAUGGAAGGCUUCGAGAAGACAAGGGAAAGGAUUGGAAUAUAAUUUGUCACAUACCCUCCAUUGACAUAAGAAAAUGA